UAUAUUUGUACCACGUACGCCAAAACAUAAAACCUUGAUCCAAGUAGUAUUGGAACCAACCAACAGAAACAGUGGUGAUACAACAAAUAGUAUUAAUACACCAAAAGAUGAUAUAUCUACGAAUAAAUUGACUGAGGAACAAUGGAACCAACUAAAACAGGAAUUUAUAUCUAAUAUAUUACAAAAUGAUGAAAUGGAUAUAUCUAGAUCUAAUAUAAGUGGAACUCCUCCUACAAAUACACAACCUGAUCCUACUUAUGUAUCACAAAAUAUAUAUAGUGGUAUACAUCUAAUCAACGAUUCGUUAAGUGGUAAUAAUAUUUAUGAUGAAGUAUUGAAACGGAAAGAAAAUGAAUUAUUUGGGACAAAUCAUCCAAAACACAACACAACAAAUAGUGAUCCCAUACUCAACCAACUAGAUUUAGUUGAUCAAUGGUUAGAUAAAAAUCGUUAUAUAUGUGAAACAUUCAGUAAUAAGGAGGAAUUGUUAGAUAAAUUGAAAGAACUGUGGGAUAAUAAAAAUAAAAAUAGUGGUAUUACAGACAUUAGUCAAAACAAUAUGUUCAAUUCCAAUAUUUCUCUUCAAACAUAUAUGGAUCCUAAACCUAAAAACCAAUUUGCACAUAUGGAUACUAUCUUGGAUGAUAAAUCUGUGGAUCAUAAUAAAAUACACAUUGAAAUGAAUGCAAAUAAUAAAACCAAUGGGUCGUUCGAAAAACAAUAUCCUAUAUACUAUAUAUGGAAUAUCUAA